UAUAGCGUAAAAUAUUUGAAUUUGAAUAGUUACUAGAUAUGAAUAGUAUUGUUAUACUGAGUUUAUGGAUACUCCUGCAAAUCAGCAAUACAUCUUGUCAAGAUGGAACAAUAUCCGUUCUACGGGGCGAAAAGGUGGAGCUGGCCUGCCCGAUCGACAUAGCGACCUGCGGCGAGCUGCACUCGCUGAAGUGGUUCAAGGGAACCGAGCGGAUAGCGGUCGUGUCCGGGGACGGCGAGGUCGCGAAGGUGGAGGGCAGCUACAACGAUCGCCUGUCGCUGUCGCACGAGGCGCAGACGAGCCGGCUGAUCUUCCGCAGCGUCGAGAUAGCGGACGAAGAUACAUAUCUGUGCGAGACCACGUUUCUCGAGCCGUCGGAGCAGUGCGAGAACACGGGCGCAUAUAGCGUAGCUUUAAACGUUUAUGCUGUGCCAUCGGUCAUAACCCUUCAGGAUGGCAAUAGAAAUAGUAUUAAAAACGGUUCCCACAUCGGACCGAUGCGCGAAGGACAAGACCUGCAGGUCGUGUGUGAGGUGUACGGUGCCCGUCCAGAGCCUGUGAUAACCUGGCAUCGGCAAGGUCGUGUUGUGCGAGAUAACCUCGCCGUCGAGGAGCACGAUGGGCUGUACACGGUCAAGUCGACCAUGUCACUCACGCUGUCCCGCCAGGAGCUUGGCGCAACGUACAACUGUAAGGUCGAGAUGAAGGAACACCAUCUGACCGUGGAAAACCAGUUCCAUAUUGAUCUGCAAGUACGACCGACAAAGAUUAACCUAUCCGGUGUAGAACAUCACACGGUGCAGGGGACGAAGGUUUUGCUUCAGUGUAAGGUCAGCGGAGCAAGACCAGCAGCUAAUAUGACCUGGUACAAUUCAUCUAAGCUCAUCACGGAGGAGUCCGGAGAGAUGACUUCAAUUAAUACCAAAACAUAUCUUCAAAAUGAUGGAACAUUUGAAACGAUCAGCCAGCUGAUCUUUACGGCAACGCGGUUCGAGAACGGUGCCUCGAUUCGCUGCGAGGCGGACAACAUUGUGAUGCGCGAGGACAUGGACCGCCCGCUCCACGACACUUUGCCCCUGGAGGUUAUGUAUCCACCGGUGGUGUCGGUGAAGCCGGAAAACAUAACCGUCAACGAGACGCAAGACUUUCUGAUCUUCUGCGACUACGAGGCGAACCCGGCAUCGCUCGAAAACGUCAAGUGGUACCGGGACAAUCAGGAGAUCAAGCUGAACAGCGUCCGGUACGAGGGUGGCAACCCGGAGCAGACGGCACUGCUGAUAAAGAACUCGACGCGGCACGACAUCGGCGCCUACACCUGCGAGCUUUCCAACUCGAUCGGGUUCGACGUGUCCGACAAUGAGAUUUACGUGGAUGUUAUAUAUAAACCCACGGUGACGCUUACGAUGGAUCCGGAGGUGCCGGUUAUCGAAAACGAUCAGGCGAACGUCACGCUCCUGUGCAACAUAGUGGAAGGUAAUCCGUUGCUUCUGACGCGCGUGCGGUGGUUGUUGGAUGGGGAUUUCUUGAAGGAGCUCCCGGAGUGUGACGUGGAGACGCUCGGCACGGACGCGAACCUGUGCGAGGUGGACCCGAGCAAGUUGCUGCUGCAGAACGUUGGCCGCGACUUUAUCGGCAACUACUCCUGCGAAGGAUUCAACGCAGCCGGCUGGGGAGACGUGAGUGAGGACAACCCGCUCGACAUCUACUACGAGCCGGGCAAUGCAUCGAUGGUGCACUUCCCAACGAUCGCGAUCAAGCGCCGCAGCGUCACGUUCAACUGUUCGAUCGAGGAUCGGGGCAAUCCGGUGGCCACGCGCUAUCGAUGGCUUCGGGGAGGAAAGGCCGUCCUAGAUGUGGUUACACCUUCCUGGACGGUCGAUCCGGUGGGGCUUGAUUCGCGCACGACGUUCUCCUGCUUCGCGUACAACGAGGGCGGCGAGGGAAAUGCGGCCGAGGUAGAUCUGGAGGUACAUGCACCACCGGCAUUCAUCCAGAAGCUUCAGCCGUACACGGGCGCUCUGUUUUCGACCACCAACAUGUCUCUCUCCUGCCGGGUGGAGUGUGUACCGUCGUGCACGAUCUCCUGGUUCAAGGAUGGCAUUGGAAUUGAGGAGAGCGACGAGCGGUACUACAUCACGAACAGUUACCUUCCGUCGGAACCGGCGACGGGUGACUUCGAGAGUGCAUACUCCGUACUGCAUUUCAACAUGUCCGCUUGGACGAAUGGUAUACUGGAUCGGAUUAAGGACAGCUCCAACUACUCUUGCGUGUCGACGAACAACUCCGCUGGUCCGGGAGUCCGAAGUACCACCUACUUUGGUGUUGAAUAUCCCCCGGAAAACACGAGCCUCUCCAGCUCCACCAUCUCGGUGGAAGAGGGUAAAAUCCCUCCGAAGAUAGUUUGCUCGUCACGGGCGUACCCCGAGCCGGCCUUCGUCUGGACGCGCAACGGUGAGACAAUCGCCAAGGGUAGCGCCCUGAUCGUGGACGAUGUACUGCAGCGAUCCGAUGCCGGCAAGUACACCUGCACAGCGUUCAACAAGCACGGCAACCAUUCGACGGAUGCAUUCAUCGACAUUCACUAUAAACCGACGUGUCAGAUCAUACGGAAGGAUGUCGAGGAUGAGGAGGUUCUGAUCUGUGUCGCUACCGGUAGCCCGCGCGAAUCGGAGUUCGAGUGGAGCGUCAAGUAUGCGAACGAUAGUAUACAGGGUAACCGAAUCAAGAGUGAUGCCUACGAGAGCUACCUGACGCUGGACGACGGAGUAUCGUCGAUGCGCAUUUACGUGUGCGUAGCGAGCAACAACGUUGGCAUGGGAACGCCAUGCGAAAUUGAGGUUGCUGGUUACGUCGCAUGGUGGCUCAAGGGAGACGUUCUGACACCGUACAUACUGAUCGGCGCAGUGGCCGCCCUACUGCUGGCCGUCAUUCUAGUCUGCAUCAUCAUCAUCUGCAUCUGCCGGAGGAAGCGGCGUCAGGAGAAGUCUUCUAUGCACAUGGAAGAAAUCGAAGAUGCCGAAUUCUCAUUUAUGAAAGACCGCAGGUGUCUGCCGAGGGAACCGGAUGCAUCGGAAAAUAUCCGGCACUACGAUCAGUCGCUUCGAUGGCGCAUUCGUCGGUUUUUCGAAAAACGCAACAGCAUGGAUCUGUUGCGCAUCUCCACGAGCAAUGUUAUUACUUAUGUUAAAAAGCCUCAAACCGUACCCACCGAGGACCCGUCGCCCCCCUCACCUACAACACUACCACCAUCAGCAUCAACCGCAGGAACAGCAGCAUCACCAGCAAGUGCCGCUGGAACCGACGCAACGAACGCUGGUCCGACCGGCACGGUCCCUCAUACCCGUACGCCGAGCGUCGGAGGUCCAGCGGCACCAGCGGGGCUCGAUGGUGGAAAUGGAAGUGUACCGGAAGCUGGUACGAUCGUAGGAGGAAUUACUGGAGAAUCAUCGACUGCUGGCGGAUCCCAGAUCGAACCAGGAGAAUAUGAAAACCUUCCGUUCCAUGGAUUGCAAACGCCGCCAAAGAAGGCCAUGCUGUGCAAAACUAACCUCGGUCCCUCGCUGAAGCAUCAUAACAAAACGCUCACGCCGUCCUGCUUCCCGACGCAUCCGUACAACUACAUCAACUACCAGAAGGACAGCCAGAAGGGGUCGGGUCUGCAGGCACCACUCCACCCAGCCCUCCAGCACCCACCCGGCCUGCACCCACCGUCGGCCGGGGACGAUUCGAGCAAGAGCGCCGAGCGGAAGCUAGCGGCAUCGCUGGUGGACAACAGCGACGACACGCUGUCCUCGCACAGCUUCACCAUCGGCAACACGGGUAGUGGCCGCUCGAUGAAGCAGCGUGCGUCGGCCGACAAGAACCACCUGAUCGACCUGGACACGGUGACGCCGCUGUAUGAGAACCUAACCGAUUCGAUCCAGAUCCACGAGGCAACGCCGGAGACGGUACACUCGGCCACGAUUGGACCGGGUGGUUUGCUCCCCGGGAAGCCACUGAUUCUCGAGGGCCCACACCAAGAGCGGUACCGUAUCAGCUUGAAAAAGCCGGGCAGAAAAAGCCAUAGUGGUAACGCUAGUCGCUCGAACAGCGCUGUCUCGAACAGCUACUACGACUGCAUUAAGCCGAUACCGGCACCGCGCCAUCGGAAGUACGCCUCGACUAACUCGCUCGUCUCGAAAGCGAUGAGCAGUGGCAGUAGCAGUGGCAGCGGUAGUGGCAACGGGGCGCUGUCACAUCACCAUCAGCAACAUGGCGCUCUACAGCCGUACGGUAGCGGUCGGCUGGAUCCGAUCUAUAUGAACCUUCCGCUGGGAAAAGGGCUCGAAUCGUCCUCGCUUAGACUUCAACAUUCGGACUCGGACGGGGGUGGGGGCUCGGUGGGACAUGCGAGACGCAUUGAAGAGUACCCGACAAUGCCGCACGACAACCACUAUCUGGAGAUAACACAGCACCAGACCCGGAUAGUCAUCCCACGGGAGCUGUUUCCGGUGGACAGCCGCGAGCAGCAGGCCAAGCUGAGCCAGCUACUGCGCAAGAGCGUCGCCCCGCCCGUCCCCCCGCACCCCAACCAUCACCCGUCGUCCUCGUCAUCCUCGUCCAUCAACAGCGGCACCACCAGCAACAACACCAGCAGCGGCAGCCGGCGUCACAUCAAGCUGCCUUUACAGAAACAUCAUAGCUUUAAUUUCCAGUCGUCGCAGACGGUCGAGGCGACGGUGCGCGAUCUCAAGAUCAAAUCGCACUCGAUCAGCUCGAAAACGUUACGCGACUACCGAGGCAACCACAGCAACAGCAACCCGCACCGUAGUUCCCACCAUCACGCGUCCCACGGCACGAGCGGCAUGCUUCAGGAGCACGACGACAGCGAGAACGAGUACUACCAAGACCAAGAACAGCAGCAGCAACAACAGCAUCAACAUCAGCAGGAGCCACAGCAGCGCCACCAUCGGGCGGCGGCACACUUUCCGUACGACACUAGCACCGUAGCCUUUAAACCCAUAACUCCCGUGCCAACGAGUACUACAGCAAUAAUAACUACUACUAACAGAAAGUCGGUUAAUAUGUGUAAUAAUAAUGACAAAUUUGCAAUCAAAUAA